UAAAACUGUAAAUCCUUCAUUAUCCUAGUAUAUCGACACACACACACACCACACUAUCAAUUAAUUGAAACGCAUCCCGUCACCACUCGUUGCCGCCGAGGAACCUUCCCUUACUGUUUAUGGCGUCGACCACGCAAACAAACCUAGAGGCGGAGAAGCAGAGCCUUCUCGACCACCACAAGGAGAAGCACUUCACCGCCGGUGAGAUUGUGCGCGACAUCAUAAUUGGAGUAUCCGAUGGCCUCACUGUUCCAUUCGCCCUCGCUGCCGGUCUCUCCGGAGCCAAUGCUACCUCGUCCAUUGUCCUCACAGCCGGAAUCGCUGAGGUCGCCGCCGGCGCCAUCUCCAUGGGACUUGGCGGGUACUUGGCAGCCAAAAGUGAAGCUGAUCACUAUGCUACGGAACUGAAGAGGGAGCAAGAAGAGAUCAUCGCAGUUCCCGACACUGAGGCUGCUGAGGUGGCAGAGAUAUUAGCACAGUAUGGAAUCGAACCGCAUGAGUAUGCGCCCGUGGUGAAUGCUUUGAGGAAGAAGCCUCAAGCAUGGCUUGAUUUCAUGAUGAAAUUUGAAUUGGGGCUGGAGAAGCCAGAUCCAAGAAGAGCCCUAUACAGUGCUCUAACUAUUGCCAUUGCCUACAUCAUGGGUGGACUGGUUCCUCUCAUUCCUUACAUGUUCAUUCCAAGAGCUGAGGAGGCCGUGAUUGCAUCAGUUAUUGUGACCUUGAUCGCUUUGCUCAUCUUCGGCUAUGGCAAGGGUUACUUCACAGGCAAUAAGCCUUUUACCAGUGCCCUGCAAACUGCCCUCAUCGGAGCCAUUGCAUCUGCUGCAGCAUUUGGCAUGGCUAAGCUUGUCCAACAUUAAUGAUAUUACUUUUGCUAUGUAUUGACCCU